AUGGGGAGAGCCACCACCAUGUUUGGACAAACUCUACUUGUAGCGUUGGUUUUGACGUUUUGUUUCUACAGAGAAACAGCUGGCCGUAGGUUUCUACACUUCCCAGAACCAGCUAACAGGUUGUCUUGGUCACUAUUGGAGACAAAAACCCCCGAUUUGGACACUUUCACGGCCUGUGCCUGGAUCAAAACCAUCCGUACCACAAGCGGCCCCAUUCUCUCCUACGGCUCUAAACGCCACCCCCGGAGUAUUGAGAUUUCCUACAGUCCUCAUGGUCAUGGGUACUCUGUCAUUUUAAAUGGGAUGAGCGUGUUGGGCGGGUAUUACGGUGGCGAGGCGCCUCUACCAGCGGACGGAAAUUGGCAUUUCUUGUGUGUCAUGUGGAGUGGUGUCAAGAGAAAGAUAGAUGUCUAUAGGGAUGGUUUCCUCACGCUGAGUUUUCCUGUGAAUGUUUCGCACAUAGCUGGAGGUGGUGAUUGGGUUGUUGGACACACCCAUUUGGAGGCAGUAACUGAAGGGUAUCCUAAGUAUCCGUCAUUCGUUGGAUAUGUCGGCGGCAUCAAUGUCUGGAACAGGGAGCCUGUGGACAUUCCCGGCCUGUUCGUAUGCGCCAAUGGUAACGAGGGAAGUAUUAUAUCCUGGAAUACUGUCACCAAGACUAACUUCAUGGUCGCGACAUAUGCUGCUUCGCCUUGUUAA